UUAAAAAAGUUUCAAAUGAAGCAGACUGCAAAUCUUUCCAGGAACUUCGAAAUUCACGCUGCAUACUCGUAUUGUUGUUAUUGUGCGCCGUGCCCUGCCUUUCGUUUCUUCGAAUUUUUAUUUGGCAGAUUAAUCUGCGUUUUAAAAGGCAUGAAUAUGAAUAUCAAAUCGUUUCCAGUGUUGGACCUUAUGCUGUGUAUUUCGGGGUAUGGAUCCGACGGCGAACCUGCAUGGGUGAAAUUUGGCGCCCCAGCCGAACAAGCCAUCAUCCAAGAGCUGCUUAAUCUCGGCCAAGUGCGGAAAGAGCUGAAGAAAUACCAGGCGAAUUGUGAAGCUAUAGGCCGCGCCGGGCACUAUCUGGUGGCAGCAGCGACGCUGGCAGUCCGGGACAUCUCUGCUGCUUUUGAUGGGAAGAUAAUUCAGCAGAAUGAUGCCAUGCAGAGCUCUGGAACAAGCUCCUUGCAGUCCAUCUAUGCGGCACUGAUUCAGUUUAAGCCGUCGCUGUCUGCCUGUUUGUCAUUCCUGAAAUGGAUCGAUGAAGAUGAAUCGUUGCAUGGUUUCUCAGUGGGCCAGCUGCUGGAUGAAUGCACGAAUCGCAGGCAGUGUUCGCACGGUCAAGCCAGGACUGCUCUCGAUACCAUUUUUAUCAGGAUGUUUACUGCAUUUAAGCGAAUUUUGAUCGGAUGGUUGGCAUUUGGACUGCUUGACCUUCGAGUCAACACAUUUUUUGUGAAAGAGCCGGUUGACUGCAUUACGUAUUUUCGCGAAAUAUUCCCGGUAAUUUGUGAACCGGUGAAAGCUCCUCGGGACUUCUCUGCUGAUCUGGUGGAAAAGAUCGCUCAGUAUGGUUAUAUCAGAAAGUUUCUCGGCUACAAGUCCGAAAACUUUGAAGAUUCUGAUUUUCAUUCUCUUAUUAUUGCGGAAGCUGAUGCUUUGAAAAAGAUGUCUCCAGUGGAAUAUACUCCCUCAUCACUUGAAACUAUCGUCGCUAACUUUGGAAAUUUAUAUUCUAGGGCGCUUUACGUUAAGAUAUUCGAAGAAUGCCAAGUUCAUCGGAUUCUGAAGCAGUUUCAUCUCGUCUAUUUAAUGGCAUUGAUCGACGUUUUCGAUGAUUUCAUUGUUCAAGCCGAUCCUUAUCUACAGAAACAAUGUUCACUACAGAAUAAGCACGAUCUUAACGCCGUAUUUGACCGCUGCUUCGAGGGCACGAAAUUUAAAAGGGCGUACAAUCCGUCGUUGUUUGAUCAGCGAAAUGCCUUUCCCGUUGAGAAAACGGCCGAUAAAGGAUUUGACUGUUUUUGUUUGUCGUUCACUCAGGGUGUUUCUUCCGUGGCAUGGGACUGCAUCACCAUGGAAUUUCUGGUGCAACCGCCUUUGGAUUGGUUUUUUCAUCGCAAAGCUAUCGAUAGAUACAAGCGUAUAUUCCGGUUCCUUUUCCGUUUGAAACGUUUGAAUAUAGCAUUCAAACGCACACUGGAAAAUCUCCGUUUGGCUCAUUCGUCAGGACGAAUUGAGUAUGGGGAUUAUAUGGAAAUAUUCCAGUGGCACCGUCGAUUUUCCGGUGUGAUUUGCGCAGUUCAGGGUUAUAUCCAGGACGAUGUAAUCCAUAUCGCAUGGACGGAUUUCCAACGAAGAAUGCGCGACUUAAGUGAUUUUAUCAAGCUUGUGGAAGCGCAUGAAGCUUUUUUGAACAACAUCUUUGCUUCGUCAUUCAUUGAAAAUGAUCAGUUUUACAAAUGUGUUAUCUCCAUUGCGAAAUCCUGUCUUAAUGUCUGUGUGGAAUUGGAUGUCCAAUUUGCGAAGCCGGCAGAUGAGGAAAUCAAUCUGGCGAUUGUGCAUGCUGAAAUGGCGGAUCUUAACAGUUUGGCGAACUUACUCCUAGCUCUUAUCGGGACGGGAAUCACCGCCAAAGGUUCCGGACUGACCAUGUUGAAUCUUCGAAUGAACUUUACGGAGCGUGAAGGCAUUUCGCAGGUGUUUUAAAUAUUUUUGAAACUGAGCGAUAAAUCUUUAAUGUUUGAAAUAUAACUUUGCGCGUUAUGCUGAGUUUAAAGAUUUUAUAGCUGUUCUGUUACGGCAUAUAGCUACCUAAUCAGUAGUUGUAACAUGUAAUGAUUCGCAUCAGCGUUUUUUGUUCACUUUAGUUUUGUUUAUAGCUGCUUUGUCAGGCGUUGUCGUUUUUGGUAAAGUUUGAUUCUCGCUUCCUGCUGAUUAAAUUC